CGGUGGCUGGUGGUAGGAGAAGUUACCAUCAUGGUUGCUUUUUUUUUUUUUAUCUUUCGUACAAUUAACCUCUAAAGUAAGCAUGGCGAGUGCUGGUAAACUACUCAAACUAUUUCCGCGGACAAGUUCUAAUUACCUGUUUAGUUUUAAUCCCAUUGCUAAUAUUAAGUAUCGUCAUGACUGUUCAAAGUGCUUCAGUGUUAAAUUUUGUCACAUUACUCCUCAUAGGAGUAAAGUAUUUGUGUUCCAACAUCAACGCUCCCUCUUCCACACUAGUUCUCGUUUAAUGAAAAGAGACUAUUAUGAAGUUCUUGGAAUCUCUAAGAAUGCCUCCGCCAAAGAAGUGAAGAGGGCUUAUUAUGAAUUAGCCAAAAAAUAUCAUCCAGAUUCAAACAAAAGUGAUCCUAAUGCAAGUAAGAAGUUUCAAGAAGCGACGGAGGCGUAUGAAGUGCUGAGCGAUGAUACCAAACGAAAACAGUACGAUCAGUGGGGCUCAACAUCUGAACAAAUGGGUGGAAUGGGUGGACCUGGACCAGGAGCUGGUGCAGGUCCAGGUGCAGGUAACUUUAAUAGUUGGAAUUUCUCAUCAAUGAAUCCGGAGGACAUAUUUCGUAAGAUCUUCGGUGACCAAUUUCGCGGUGACGAGGAUUUUGGUGAUUCCGACUCAGACUUUGGUGUAAACACAGCUCAAGAAAUCAUCAUGAAACUUACUUUUGCGCAGUCAGUGCGUGGUUGCAAUAAAGACAUUGUGUUAAAUGUGACUGAUACAUGUCCAAGGUGCCAGGGAAAGCGAAGUGAACCAGGAACCAAACCUGUUAAGUGUACUCAGUGUAACGGAACAGGAAUGGAGGUUGUCAACUCUGGUCCAUUUAUGGUCCGCUCCACUUGCAGACGGUGUCAUGGUGCCAAGGUUCACAACCCAUACCCAUGCACAGAGUGUGAAGGCAAAGGAACGGUCAACCAAAGAAAGAAAAUUACCGUGCCUGUACCAGCUGGAGUUGACGACGGUCAAACCGUUAGGAUGGUAGUCGGUCGCAAAGAACUGUUUAUUACUUUUAGAAUUGAGAGAUCUGACUACUUUCGAAGAGAAGGUGCUGACAUUUACACGGAUGCUGUCAUCUCAAUUUCACAAGCUGUUCUGGGUGGUAACAUUCGUGUCAGGGGUGUUUAUGAAGACCAAAAUAUCUUGAUAGCCCCUGGAACAUCCUCACACACCAAAGUCCGGCUCUCGGGUAAAGGAUUAAAGAAAGUCAAUGUCAACGGUUAUGGGGAUCACUAUAUUAAUUUAAGGGUUCAAGCACCGAAACAGCUAAGUGACAAACAGAAAGCUUUGAUGCAGGCAUAUGCAGAACUGGAAGAUACAACUGAAGGGACUGUUCAUGGCUUUGUGAUUACAAAAGAUGGUGGUAAGCAGUGCGUUGCAGAACCGCAAUUUUUGUUACAGCGAAUAAAGAAUGCCCUCGAUGACAAAGAUAAUCAGGAUAUCAUGACUGAAAAAGUAAAAACUAGUAAUUCAUAGAAAGUUAGAGAAAUACCUAGUUACGCUUUGCCCUUGAAUCAAUUAUUUUUCAAACUGUUAGAAUGAAUAGCAUGUGCUACUGUUGAAGAAAUAUUCACAAGUAACACGCACCAAAUUUAUACUUUAGUCUGCUACCAGCUUGCCUGUAAGUAAUGCUUUUCAUUUUCAUUCCUCUUUUCAUUUUACUAGGGUUUCAAAGGUAGUUUCUUUUUUUUUUUCUUCUCUCCUCAAACAAAUUAUUUUAAUCAUUGUUACUUACCUACUAUUAUUUUGAAGUAAUGAUUCUUGUGUGUUGUGUGCACACAAUUUUUUUUAAAGGCUGUAAAUAUCUGAUUUGUUACUAUGUAAAUACUGUAAAAAUUAAACCACAAGAUUUACUGUCUUUUUA